AUGACUGCCGGCACCACCGAGUGCUUCUCGGGGCUCGCUGCCAAGAGCCGGGAGCUUAGCUGCCUCAGCGGCCUGCUCCGGACUGGCCCAGCAGCGAGCGGUGCUGCCUCGAGCGCGCUUGCCCUUCCAGCCCCCGACGCGGCGGCUGCGAAGGCAGCGCCCGUCGGCAACCGACGCAACAAGACGCCUAGCCGUAGCAACGUGCAGGCGGCGUCUGGCGUGACCGGUUGCCAGUACCUUGCCGGAGGAUGGUACAUCUCUGCAGGCGUGGAGGUGGUGGACCGAGCCAAGUCCCGGGAGAAGCUCUAUCUCCGGGCAUACAGCUUUGACUCGCCAGCGUUGAUCGACGCUAUCGAGCGAGCCUGCGCGAGAGGAGCGCUCUGCAGCGUCCUUGCUGACGCUCAGCAGUGCUCGCGGACCAAGCUGCAGUGGCAGGCGCUUAAACGCGCUGCCCAGGCAGGCGCCCGCGUGCGCCUCUGCAGCGGGUCGUCCGUUAGGGACGCCUACGUCGCCGAUGGGCGUGGCCCUGCCGUGGGUGCGGGCCUGAAGGGCCUGCAUCAUGCCAAGGCGCUCUUGCGCUCAGGCGGCAGCUGCGCCGAGCUUGUGGUUGGGUCGCUCAAUUGGAGCACCAGCUCCAAGGCGAACCUCGAGUGUGGAGUUCUCCUGACUCUCGCGCAGGAUGCUGAGGUCGUUGGAGACUAUACAUCCGCGACUUCGACACCUGCUUCGCUGCUGGCACUCCCUUGGAGGACGCCAAGCCGCCCGGUAAGGCGGCUGGUCCCUCCAGCGCCACCGGAGCGCACCAGCAGCAACAGUCACAGCAGCAGCAGCCUGAGCCUGCAGCUGCCUGAAGUGCUCGCGGCGGGUUCCCGCGCGGCACGCGCGGAGCCCGUGGGCGCUCUCGCCGCGGCUGAGAGUACAGUCCGGCGUCUUCUUUUUAAGAGCCUAGAGCGGGGCCUGCGGCAGUGUCACUGCGCGGCUUUAGCAGUGCACGUGAGGCCCACUGCUCGGCAUGAAUUUGCCAAGGUGGCGGGCGUUUUGCUUACGCCGUUUGUUCGCCACCCGCGGCAGUUUUCUGCGCGGUGCCCGUGCUGGGUGCCCGCCUUCUCAGAGCUUUCCGUGCCAGCCGGCACCCGUGCCGCCGUGCUGAUAGACGGCCCUUCUGGGUCGCUGGACACUUUUGUGUCGCGCCAGCCGGCGCUCGUGUUCGGCACAGCCGUGCCGUCCCUUGCAGAGGUUGGCGCGCGGACCUUGUUCGGUCGCGGCCACACGGCCCGCGGCCCUUUUUCGGGCGCGGCUGCCUGA